AUGAUUUCAUAUGUUGAGGUUGAUUCAUUGUUCUUUUCUGUUGUGGGAGCAUCUGUUAACGUCCUAGAGGCAGUAUCCACUGCUCGGCAUCGGCACGAAGGCCAACUUGGCAACACGCCACCAGAACGAAAGGAGCAUCGAGAACUAUGCAGGCGAGGUCUCCGAAUGCGCAACAAAACGGCUUCGUUUGCAGCAAGGCCGCCUCUGGAGAACGGAAGUCUGUGGAGGGUAAAAUGCCAGAGAGGUUGUGAAGAUCAGAUAGUUGUGUGGCUGACGAGCGCCAACGCGUUGAAGGAUAUCCUGCUCUCCGCCUUCGCCAUUUCCACGGCUCGGACCUGGGUUUAUAUCCAGAUUCAACCGCCAGGUUUAUCGACGAUCAAAGCAUUCCUAGCCUCUUCGGCCGCUAUUAUUCAGUCUUAUGAUGCCCCACUUCUAGAAGAAAUGCCUUUCGAAGAACAAGCGCGAACCUUGGAAAUGCGAGACGAUAAGGCUCUUCAGGUAUAUGACUGGGUCGUCGUCACAGAAGGUAUCUAUGCGGGGGAUCUAGGAUGUCUAGUAGCUUCGUAUGAAUGGGGAUGGGAUGUCCUGGUGAUACCAUGGCUCCUUCCACACGAGUCGCAAGACGUUCGCCAGAGAGGAAUGGUGACCGUACCAAAUUUGCUUACUCCUGACCUCAAUUCGAAGCUUGAGGUAGACCGAGGACUUAUAGUACUGGAAUGUCCGCAUCAAGGGGUCUUGCGUGCCACUGCUGCCCCAUUGGAAAUUCUCGCUCUUUUUCAGCAAAGUGAACACCCAUCUGUUAUUGCUGCGCAGCCCCAGGCACCGUGUCCCACCGAAUGGUGCUUUGAAGUUGGCGAAUUAGUCGCAAUCAGCGACGCUGCAAUGCACCCGUGUAUCGGACAUAUUUUUCAGAUCAAUAAUAAUGACUUGGACAUUAACCUGGACAAUGACUCUGGUAUACAUCACUGCCCUUACAUUUUUGUUUGCAAAAUCUUUGUCGUUGGGGACUACGUCCGUUGGGUUGAUACCGGUCGAGAAGGAGUUGUUCAACAUGCUGAUCAAUUUCAUAUCACGGUCGUCCAGCUCUAUGAGGACGGCCACCAUGAGGAGUUUGAAUGCGCUAAAAAUUCCGUUAUUAAGGCACUUCCACCUAAACUCGAUCCUUUAGUAUCUACGAUAGGUGCACCAUUCUUACCACCCCCGUCGCUUCCGCUGCCACCUUCACAAAGCUAUGAGCAUUUCGAACACUGGACACAUGAUCAUCGUCUUGUGGGCCGUGAAUUUCGCGUACGCAUUGGAGGAAAGGCAAAGGUUGUCAUGUUGCAGAAGGGCACGAAUGACCACGGAGCUCAGGCAUACAUUAGAAGAGGGAAGCGAAAGCUUGAACUGCUAGCCGACCACAAACUAAUUGAAGCGAUGCAUCCAGCCAACCCUCGAAACUAUGAGCGCUGGAUUGUUAUUAGAGGCGAGCACACGGGAAAGUAUGUUCAGGCCAUUCGGUAUGACAGGGCUGACAAAACGAAGGGAUCGCUUCAAUGGACUGUUGCCAUCAUUGAACCAAUACUAGGGGAGUUGGACAAGCUGACUGGAGAAAACCUAGAAUUGGACUCUGCAUCCCUCUGUUUGGAAGCUGAGAGCGAUGCGUCAAAAUGGAGGAAUAUGAAAUUUAGUCGGAAUCUUCGGGAGGAGGCUCGUUGUUAG